CUUCGCCGCUACUACAGCUCCCGAGAUGCCUCGCGAGGACGAAGAGGAGAAUGAGAAAAUGGAGGGGGAGAGAGAGAGAGAGAGAGAAACGAAGAGGGCUUUCUCGAAACGGGAGGAGGAGGGGAGGAGCUCGCGCCUGCGCCAACAGGCCCCGGUGGCGCAUUUUCCCUCCAUCAGGCGGAGGAGCGAUCUAGGCGGGAGGGGAGGGGUUUGCGCUUCUCGCUACUAGAGUGAGGCGGGCUGAGGAGUGGCUGAGGCCGGUGAGGAAGCCGAGGAGGCCGCGGUAGGUUGAAGCCGCCGCGCCGCUGAAUCUCGCUCUACUUGUUUUCUCCGUUCGCUUCCAGAGGCUCUUCUAGUCGAGCGGCGGGUCUCCCCCCCCCCUCCACUCUAUUUGCUGCCAGGUCUCUUGUCGCUCCAGUAGAAAAGGCCGGUGGUCCUUUACGAGAGAAGUCGCCCCUUGACUAUAAGGCACUGCUUGGGAAACACAUUUUUAAAAUGGAAGAACUAGAAGAUUCAUCCAAGAGAAUUCUUUUAGAGCCAUACAACUAUCUGCUUCAGCUCCCUGGUAAACAGGUCAGAACUAAACUUUCCCAAGCCUUUAAUCAUUGGUUGAAUGUUCCAGAAGACAAACUACAGAUCAUAAUUGAAGUUACAGAAAUGUUGCACAAUGCAAGUUUGCUUAUAGAUGACAUAGAAGACAAUUCAAAGCUACGACGUGGUUUUCCAGUGGCCCACAGCAUUUAUGGAAUACCGUAUGUGAUAAACUGUGCAAACUUUGUAUAUUUCCUUGGUCUACAAAAGGUUUUAACGCUUGAUCAUCCAGAUGCUGUAAAAGUAUUCACCAGUCAACUACUUGAACUCCAUAAGGGCCAAGGCCUGGAUAUUUACUGGAGAGAUACAUAUACCUGUCCUACAGAAGAAGAAUAUAAAGCCAUGGUUCUGCAAAAGACAGGUGGCCUUUUUGGACUAGCCGUGGGCCUUAUGCAGUUAUUUUCAAAUUAUAAAAAUGAUCUGAAACCACUCCUUAACACUCUUGGGCUCUUCUUUCAAAUUAGAGAUGAUUAUGCAAAUUUACACUCCAAAGAAUAUAGUGAAAACAAAAGCUUUUGUGAAGACCUAACUGAAGGAAAGUUCUCGUUCCCAACUAUUCAUGCAAUAUGGUCCAGGCCAGAGAGCACACAGGUUCAAAAUAUUCUGCGACAGAGAACUGAAAAUGUGGAUAUAAAAAAAUACUGUGUACAUUACCUUGAGAAUGUGGGAUCCUUUGAAUAUACCCGGAAAACACUAGAAGAACUUGAGUCUGAAGCUUAUAAACAAAUUGGAUUGCUUGGGGACAACCCUGAACUUACAGCAUUAAUUAAAUAUUUAAGCAAAAUGUUCAGGGACAAUGAAAACUAACAGUUAAUCAAUUGAAUGUUUCUGCAAAUGAUUUUUAAAGGAUCAAGAAAAGUUAAAUUUGUUUUACAGUAUCUAAUUGCUCAUAUGAAUUGUGCUGAAACUGAUCAUAAGGGUAACUGGAGAUUUGUGCGUACAGUAUAUUACUUUGAAAUUUCAAUUUUCAGUUGCUUAUACAAAAUCAUGUGACAAAAGUCAAUUAAAAUAGCUUCAAAAUCUC